UACCAGGCGCCCUUGCCCGCAGGGAUCUCUCGGGAAGGGGCCCGUGGUUAGCUGCCUCAGCCCGCGGGGAUACUUCCUUGUGCCCUGCCAUUUCCUGCGGCUCGUACAGCACCGGGAAAACCCCUCCGUCUGGGAGGCCUCCUCCUAGGCAGGCCCCACCAUGAGGCCCCAGCCCCGCCGGAGCCCCCGCGCUCCCCAGGCCCCGGGCACACGGUGCUAGCCCCCAGCCGGGCUGUGGGGAGCCGUGGCCAUGGCCAACCACGUGGACCUGCUGACGGAGCUGCAGCUGCUGGAGAAGGUGCCCACGCUGGAGCGGCUGCGGGCCGCCCAGAAGCGCCGGGCACAGCAGCUGAAGAAGUGGGCCCAGUACGAACAAGACCUGCAGCACCGCAAGCGCAAGCAUGAGCGGAAGCGCAGCACCGGCGGCCGGCGGAAGAAGGUGACUUUCGAGGCCAGCGUGGCCCUGCUGGAGGCGUCCCUGAGGAACGACACCGAGGAAGUACGCUACUUCCUGAAGAAUAAGGUCAGCCCUGACUUGUGCAAUGAAGAUGGACUCACAGCCCUGCACCAGUGUUGCAUCGACAACUUUGAGGAAAUCGUCAAGCUGCUCCUUUCCCACGGUGCGAAUGUGAAUGCGAAGGACAAUGAGUUGUGGACGCCCCUGCACGCCGCAGCCACCUGUGGCCACAUCAACCUGGUGAAAAUCCUCGUUCAGUAUGGGGCCGACUUGCUGGCCGUCAACUCUGAUGGGAAUAUGCCUUACGACCUCUGCGAGGAUGAACCCACCCUGGAUGUCAUCGAGACGUGCAUGGCCUACCAGGGCAUCACUCAAGAGAGAAUCAACGAGAUGCGGGCGGCUCCCGAGCAGCAGAUGAUUUCAGACAUCCACUGUAUGAUUGCAGCGGGCCAGGACCUUGACUGGAUCGAUGCCCAGGGUGCCACGCUGCUGCACAUCGCUGGAGCCAAUGGAUACCUGCGGGCGGCUGAGCUCCUCCUGGACCAUGGAGUGCGCGUGGACAUGAAGGACUGGGACGGCUGGGAGCCACUGCACGCGGCUGCCUUUUGGGGACAGAUGCAGAUGGCAGAGCUAUUGGUGUCCCAUGGGGCCAGUCUCAGUGCUAGGACAUCCAUGGAUGAGAUGCCAAUAGACCUGUGUGAGGAGGAAGAAUUCAAGGUCCUGCUGCUGGAGCUAAAACACAAGCACGAUGUGAUCAUGAAGUCACAGCUGAGGCACAAGUCGUCCUUGAGCCGGAGGACGUCCAGCACGGGCAGCCGUGGGAAGGUGGUGCGUCGAGCCAGCCUGUCAGAUAGGACCAACCUGUACAGGAAGGAGUAUGAGGGAGAGGCCAUCCUGUGGCAGCAGCGGAGUGCGGCCGAGGAUCAGCGGAUCUCAACCUACAAUGGGGACAUCAGGGAGACCAGGACAGACCAGGAGAACAAGGACCCGAACCCCCGGCUGGAGAAGCCCGUGCUGCUCUCCGAGUUUCCUACCAAGAUCCCACGGAGUGAAAUGGACGUGCCUAUUGAGAACGGCCUCCGGGCCCCGGUCAGCGCCUACCAGUAUGCACUGUCCAACGGGGAUGUCUGGAAAGUGCAUGAGAUACCUGACUACAACAUGGUCUACGGCAGCCCUGGCAUGGCCGAUGCCACCCCACCCUGGAGUGGCUACAAGGAACAGAGCCCCCAGACGCUUCUGGAGCUGAAGCGGCAGCGGGCUGCAGCCAAGCUGCUCAGCCACCCCUUCCUGAGCACCCACCUGGGCGGCGCCAUGGCCAGGACGGGCGAGAGCAGCAGUGAAGGCAAGGCCCCCCUGAUUGGAGGCAGAACUUCACCAUACAGCAGCAGUGGGACCUCAGUGUAUUACACGGUCACCAGCGGAGAUCCCCCACUCUUGAAGUUCAAGGCCCCCAUGGAGGAGAUGGAGGAGAAAGUCCAUGGCUGCUGCCGCAUCUCGUAGUCUCCAUGGGAUGGAGGAGAGAGAGGCUUUGGGGAGGGGUCCUUGGAAUCCAGGCCAGCCCAGCAACCCUGGCUGGGGAGGCUUCAGAGGGCAGCUGGGGGGAGGUGGGAUCUGCUUUCCCGAGGAACGCCGACCCCACCUCUCAGCCAGCUGCCCAUAGCGUCACCACUUCCCUCAGUUCUGCUUCCUGCUGCAUUUGUCUGCCAUCAGAAACAAGGCCUGUAGUGGCUUCUCGACUCACCCUGCUGUCAGAUUUUGGGAGGGAGGACUGGGAUUCCAGUUCUGUUGGUGGUAAAGGCUUCUCUGGACCAGGACUCGCAUGUCCCAUACCAGCGGGCACACCCACACACACAGGCCCCCACACACAGGCACACACACACAGGUAUGCACACACCCACACUCAAUCAACAUUUGUAGGGAUGACAGCUGACCUCAUGGGAAGCAGGUAGGACUGAGAAUUUGUGGGCUACUCCUAAAAGGAUUGCAGUUAAGACCUAGUUUUUAUCACCACUGCCAACGUGGCUUUAGCAGGGGAGGAGGCCUGCUAAGCUGACACCCAGAGUCCCACCCAGAGUCCUACCAGGGUCUGGGCCACCAUCCACUUGUGGCAGGAGCAGGGAGUCCUCUCUGUUCAGAGGGAGCCAUGAACCCACAUGGGUCAAUGAAAUGGACAUAGGCCUGCUCCUCACAGCCUUGUCCAUCAGGAACCAGCUGUGUGACCACCCGGGGUCAAGGUGGAAAAACCAGGCUAUUCCAUUCCUGGAAGAAUUCAAAUCCCAUUUCGCUCUUGGAUGUAAGCAUCAAAACGUGGACGGGGGUAGGGAACAAAGGUAGUGUUUCCAAAAGUGCAUUUGAUACAAGAAUUCUUUUAGGCUGUAAAACUCUAGGCAAGAGGUAACUGAAUUUGGCUGCUUUCGUGGAUAGUAUCGUGGUCACUAGGUUUUACUGACUGGUAUUAGGAAAUGAGCUAAGUGAGGAGCUUCGGUUUGUAGGGCUUUUCCAAGAAGAGGGGCGAGUUCAUAUUGGUCAUUUCUGCAAACAUCUCUGGUAACCAUGCCAGAGCCCAGUAUCCUGGCUGAUCUUUGUGAAUAUUCAGUUUCAGUCUAGCGUAUCUCAGUCAGCCCUCCUCAGACGGAGCCAUCAGAGUGAGCAGCAAGGGGGUGCUGCUGCCCUCUCCUCCCCGAGUGAAUGCUCAGGACCCGAGGCCCAGCUUUGCCUUUUCUGGAGUGUUCAGUGAGAGAAGUUCCUGCCUGGCUCAGGGGUUCCCAGCCUGCUCCUGCCAGAGUGGUGAUGCCCCAGGGCUGCAAAUCCAAGGUGCCCCUGGCCACCAUCCUGCACUGCAUUCAAGAGAGCGGUGCUGGGGCUGGAGGUGGGUCGCGCCCCAGCCCUACAAUUUCAUAGCCCCCAUCUCUCUGACGCUGGGGAGGUUGGACCACAUGGGGCAGGCUGUCCACCGCCUCUCCACUGCAUUCUUUCAUGAGCCCCUGUGAAAUCAUUGCCUAUGAGUUGGGCACUGUCCGUAGGCUCAGCUAAAACCCAUUGGUGUAACUAGGAGCAGGUUCGUUUCCUGCUCUGGGCGCCUUUAAUUUGUCCUAAAACUACCUCCUUAGAGCUCUGAAGGAGUCCCCUAGAUCCAGAGUCUGAUUUGGGAGACCAAUCUGGGUUCCCUUUCACCUUCUUCUUUCUGAGCCUAUGACAAAUUCUCCCUGAGCGGCACUUGGGCCAAGGGGCUGGGGCUGGAGAAGCCCCUAUUGUACCACAAUCCUGGUGAUGGGUCUGCUGUUUGUCACCCCCAUGGCCCCCAUAACCCAGAGAGAGAGAGCUGGGUCCCUGAAGGCCUGGCUUAUGCUUUACCAAGAUUAGGGCAGCUGGCCUGGAGAGCAUGGGGCGUGGGGGAAGUUACUGUGCCCCUAGUGGCUCCUGGAUGCAGGAAGGGUCUCAGCACCAGGCCACCCGUACCCCAGCUCCACGCCAGAUCCAGUCUAGGGUGGAGGGGCCGGUCAGGAGUCUGCAGACAGUUGUGUAUGAUGCCUCCCACGUCCCUCAGGUCUGGGGCGAGCUCACCAUCAUCUCAGCCUGUGGCUGGAGCAGGGCAGCGAUGAUCUAAAA